AUGGCGGGGAAGGCACCCUUGUGUGCUUUCUUCCUCCUCUUGCUAUCGACAUCAGCAGCAGCAAUCAGGCCUGCGAGAUCAGUGGCGGCGACGGCUAGGAGAGCGGCACUGGAGAAUGGCCUUGGCCGGACUCCACAGAUGGGUUGGAAUAGUUGGAACCACUUCCACUGCAAAAUAAACGAAGAGAUAAUUCGAGAAAUCGCUGAUGCUAUGGUGGAUAAUGGCCUCGCAAAGCUUGGUUAUGAGUAUAUCAACAUAGAUGAUUGCUGGGCAGCUUAUGAUAGGGACUCCCAGGGCAAUCUAGCUGCAAAUGCGUCAACAUUCCCAUCGGGAAUACCAGCCUUGGCAAACUAUGUGCAUGGAAAAGGGCUCAAGCUAGGGAUCUAUGGUGAUGCAGGGUCACGGACUUGCAGCAAAUUGAUGCCCGGUUCUCUUGGGUACGAAGACAAAGAUGCAAAAACCUUCGCAUCUUGGGGAGUCGACUACUUAAAGUAUGACAACUGCAACAACCAGGGAAUAAGUCCUCAGCUAAGAUAUAACACGAUGAGCAAAGCACUUCUGAAUUCUGGGAGGAAUAUUUUCUUCUCCCUCUGUGAAUGGGGGGUGGAUGACCCAGGGACAUGGGCAGGUGGUGUAGGAAACAGUUGGAGAACUACGGGUGACAUCAAGGACACUUGGGCAAGCAUGACAGCUAUUGCCGACAAGAAUGACAAGUGGGCAUCAUAUGCUGGCCCUGGUGGAUGGAAUGACCCAGACAUGCUAGAAGUUGGAAAUGGGGGGAUGACAACAGAAGAGUACCGCUCCCAUUUCAGCAUAUGGGCUCUAGUGAAGGCACCCCUCUUGAUUGGCUGUGACAUCCGCUCAAUGAGCAAAGAAACCAAGGAAAUCCUCAGCAAUGAAAAUGUCAUUGCAGUUAACCAAGAUGAGCUUGGGGUACAAGGGCACAAAGUGCAACAAGAUGGAGACCAAGAAGUAUGGGCCGGUCCACUGAGUGGAGGUAAAAUUGCUAUUGUCCUAUGGAACAGAGGAUCAACCAAAGCAUCCAUCACUGCCAGCUGGAGCAGCAUUGGUCUGAAUGCAUCGACUGUCGCUGAUGCUCAUGAUCUGUGGACAGAUGGGGUUAUAUCAUCAGUUCAAGGAGAACUAAAUGAAACAGUGGAUUCUCAUGCUUGCAAGAUGUAUGUUGUGACACCAAAAUAGAAUGGAUCUUCAACACAUGUUAUGUCAUAGAACAAAUCAAUUCGAAAAAUAUAAAUGUAACACAAUAAAUUCACAAGGAUUCUUGCUUGUGUGACUCAACACGAAAAACACCUAGGAUCAAACAAAGUGAGUAUACUGUGGCCAUAUAUUUUACCAGUAAAUGAUGAGCUUUUAUUUUUGACGAGGUAA